ACCAUUACAGUCCAGGAAAACUAUUUUCACUUCUGCGACAUCAGACUUAAAGAGGACUUGUAAUUUUGAGUUCCUUUGGAACAUCUUAUUUAUUCCCGCAUACUUCACAAUGACUCCACAAAAAACGUUUGCAUCCAGCAAUUGCACGUUGGCUGAUUCCCAGAUAUGGACCCUUUCUGAAGUUUAUAUAUCAUCAUUAUCAUUAAGCUUGCUAGGUAGUGGUUCUGUAAUAGUUGUUUCAAUGGUGAAGAAGAGACAUCUGGAUGGUCAGGUCCGACCACUCUUCCAGCUUGCAUUAGCAGAUUUUUUGGCUGCUGCGGUGCUGCUGUCUAUGAGUGUAAUAAAUAUUCUCACAGGUGUCACAGAUCCUGACCAGACUAGCACAGUCUUGUCAAUUUACAAUGUUUGUGAAUAUGCAAUACCUCUAGCAUUGUCCUUUUAUGGCACAACGUUUCUGCUGGUUAUGGUUUAUGCAUAUGAGGCCAAACAGGCAGUAGGAGGAUGGAGGGAAUCUUCUGAUGGACAGGAAUACUCACACAGAAGGUCAAGGAAGCACACACUUUACUUGCUGUAUUUUCUUGCAUGGUGUGUUCCAGGGUUGUGCUUUCUCACACAGGUGGUGGCCUUAAGGAAUUCCCCAGCUGAAUUAUUCCCAUCUCAUCCAACCACAAACCUUAUCACUUUCGCAAGUGACACUAGACGCAAUGAUUACCAUUUUUACUGUUGCAGCUGUAUUUUACUGGUGUAUAAGGAGAAUGAUAGCAGUCUCAAACCUGAAUGGUAUACAUACUUGAUGAAAGUGUUCUUCCUUGCAUAUGUACUGGUGGUGAUAACCUGCUGCAUUGUCGUGUACUACAGAGUGAACAAGUGGUGUCAGGACCGUCAGGGGGAGUGUAUGUUCCUGGUGGAGGGAGAUGGAUUCAGCAGGAGGAACAUGAGAGGGAUCUAUUGCACAGCCCGGUCUGUUGUGCUUGUCAUGGUCGUCUGCUGGACACCAGCUUUUUUUCUAGUCCUACUUUCACUUCUCAUUCCAAAGCAGGAGAGCCUUUUCCUCCUUUAUGUUUUACAGGCCAUAACUGUUUCUCUUCAAGGAUUCUUAAACAGCAUAGCAUAUGGAUGGUUACGCCGUAAUUUCCGAGAAGCUGCCCUGGGAGAGAGGCUUGCUCUAUUGGCACAGAACCCCCGUGCUUUCUACGACGAGUCCCUGACAAGAACAUAAAGGCCCAGAUACAAGGAACACAAGGUGCUUUAACAGGAAAGGAAAGGACAUGCACAACAAACCACGUUUGAGGGCAUUUUUUCCUCUCUUCUGCACAUGUUGAAUAGACUUUGUAAACAGCUGGGGAGAGGAUGCAAAGUAGUAGACCUUGAAUUAUGAACUUUUUUUUUUCUGGAUUGCACCUGGAAAGCCUUACUUGAAGAACAGAGUCCUGUAUGUUGAAGAUGGGAUUUUAGGUUAGGUAAUUGUAGAAAUGUUAUUUAAUAUCUGUUUCUAAUCUGUAAUAUUUAAUUUAUAAAGUGAUC